AGCCUUCGCUCGCGAGAUUUUGCUGGUUCCGCAUUUCGGGUCGGCGAGGUGGGGGAGGCGACGCCGCAAUUGCACCGGCUAGACCCCCGGUUUAGAGCUGCGGCGCCCGGUGCUUCCGCUGGCCGCGAGCUGAGGACUGGCCGCUUCCUCGUGGUUCCCGCGCGGGCUCCGAAUCCAGACCGCGGCGGGGGCCAGCGGCCCCUCCCCUCCGAGGAUAGAAGAUGAGCUUCCUCUUCAGCAGCCGCUCUUCUAAAACAUUCAAACCAAAGAAGAAUAUCCCUGAGGGCUCUCAUCAGUAUGAACUCUUAAAACAUGCAGAAGCAACUCUAGGAAGUGGGAAUCUGAGACAAGCUGUUAUGUUGCCAGAGGGAGAGGACCUCAAUGAAUGGAUUGCUGUUAACACUGUGGAUUUCUUCAACCAGAUCAACAUGCUAUAUGGAACUAUUACAGAAUUCUGCACUGAAGCAAGCUGUCCAGUCAUGUCUGCAGGUCCCAGAUACGAAUAUCACUGGGCAGAUGGUACUAAUAUUAAAAAGCCAAUCAAAUGUUCUGCACCAAAAUACAUUGACUAUUUGAUGACUUGGGUUCAGGAUCAGCUUGAUGAUGAAACUCUUUUUCCUUCUAAGAUUGGUGUCCCAUUUCCCAAAAACUUUAUGUCUGUGGCAAAGACCAUUCUGAAGCGUCUCUUCCGGGUUUAUGCCCAUAUUUAUCACCAGCACUUUGAUUCUGUGAUGCAGCUGCAAGAGGAGGCUCACCUCAACACCUCCUUUAAGCACUUUAUUUUCUUUGUUCAGGAGUUUAAUCUGAUUGAUAGGCGUGAGUUGGCACCUCUUCAGGAAUUAAUUGAGAAGCUUGGAUCGAAAGACAGAUAAAUGUUUCUUCUAGAAUACAGUUGCCCUCUUGCUUCAUCUGCUAGAGCUAUCUUAUUGCUAUCUCUGAUAAACUAGUGAUACAGACUUUAAGAAAAUAGGAAAAAAGACACCUGUAGUUUGUGUCUACUGAUAAAAUUGUCCCAAGGUAGAUUGGCCUAAUCACUUCAGUGAGAAAUUCAAGAUACAGCUAAAUUUGAGGCACUGUGUGACCACUCUUGUUAUUGUCAGAGUUAUACUUGGUUAUCAUAUGUGAUGACUAACAUGUAGUCUAUUAGUUUACUUAUUUUACUGAAGAAAAUGAUUGUGUCACAUGACAGCAUAUAAUGGCUAUUGAGACUUUCCACCAAUACUUUAUUAACAAGUUUCCAGAACAAAUUACCUAAUAACACAAUCAGAUCAGUUCUAUUCUGCUUUUAUUUACAAAUAGAAGAGGUUUUUUUUAAGUUUCCUUAAGAUUUAGAACAUUUCUGUGUUACUUUGGAUAACGUUUUAAAGUUUGAAUGCUAGUGUUUUUAUAGAUAAGAAUAUAUAUAUAUAUGUUUAUUUUUUCAAAAUCCAUGAUUACAGUUUAAAUCCUCAUAUGACCCAUAUGGUAUGGGAGUAACCAGAGUUAUUUCUAAAAUGACUUUAUUUUUUAAUCUUUAUUUGGGAUUUUAUUCACAUAAAACUAUCUAAAGUUUUAGGAGUAUGUAUAUCAGAAAUAAUUUUCUUAAGGCAUGUAAGGUAAUCUUGUACAUUUUUAUUUUUAAAUGCUUCAUUUAGAUUAAUUUUAAUAGGUAGCUUUUGUCUGAGAAAAAGAAAACUCAAACAAAUUAUGACAAAUUUAGGUGUCAGAACCACUAUUUUCAUUCAUGUUGUUUUUCAGAGCCCUUGAAAUCCCGGAGAAGAAAAUGGGAGAAAGUACUCAGAGUACUUGAUUAUUUUGAGUGUCCUUUGAAACAAAAACAAGAAUUACUUCUUUUUGUUUUUAUCGUGACUUGAGACUUAGUUAAGAGUAGUGUAGAAAUGCCCAAACUUCAUUGAUAAAACUUAAGGAAGACCAUAAUAAAAAACCUUGAAGGUAUAUACAUUUUAUAACACAAUUUAAAGUUUGGUGUGCUUGUGUGUGUGUGUGUGUGUGUGUGUGUGUGUGUGUGUGUGUAAAGGAAACAAAAUGGGAGAAAUAAGUAUAAAUUCUUACUUCAUUCUGUGAGUAGUCAAAGGUUGUACUUAAUCCUGUUAUAAUUGUUUUUGUAUCAAAACUUGAAAUUCUUCUAUUUCUAUUGGGGUUAAAAAAAAAAGUCUUCCCUGUUAGUGAAAUAAAAGGUCUAAUUUUUAUUAGGUUUCUAAGAUUUAGUAAACGCCAGCUACCUGUCAAGAAUGUACUGGGCACAGGUAUACCGCCAAAUUGCCCAGCUGGUAUUGCUUGAAGUCCAUCAGCAUUCUGUAUGAUUUCAUACCUGGGAUUUUUGCAGAGUGCUCACCAACUCCCUUGGUGGCUUUAAUAAAAGGUUAGAUUGGUUAGGUUUUUAAAUUUAUUUUUAUUAGUCCACUUAAGUAUAAAGAAAAGAAUUGCUUAGGAACUCCAUUUUUAUAAUAACUCAAUUUCAUAUCGAGAUAUGCAGAAUUUUACAGGAAACAAAAUUUUCAUCUUAUUUAGGUUGAAACCAUACAUCAUUGUCCAGGAAUUAAAAAGUGGGAUAGGGGCAGCCCGGGUGGCUCAGCAGUUUAGCGCUGCCUUCAGCCCAGGGUGUGGUCCUGGAGACCCAGGAUCCAGUGCCACGUCAGGCUCCCUGCAUGGUAAUAGAGCCUGUUUUAAAAAAAAAAGAAAGAAAAAAAAAGUGUGAUAACCCCUUGUAAAAAAAAGAAAAGCCCUCUGAAACAUUCCACAGUCCAUGUUUUAAGCUUAUCCAAAGGUACCUGUCAGGAGUUCUGUGUGUUUGUGUUGAUCAUUUAUGAACAAGAAAGCAGGUUUCUCUAGACUUUGGCUUUAAUUAAGUCUUCAAGAAAUGAAAUCUUCUUUUUCAACUAGGGUUGUACUUUCCAUCAUUACUCAUAUUUCACAUGGUUCUUAAAGGAGUUCUCACUUUUCUCCAUUUAUUUUCAGUGAUAGAAAUCCUCUCUCUUUGUGACUCCCUCCCAAAAUAAACCAAAGAUGGUCACAUGCUAGACAUAAAUAAAAAGUUUUUGGUAAUUUGAGACUCAGAAUAUCCUUUUUAAAAAAUAAUAAUAACACAUUACCAGGCUCCCAGGCUAAUCAGGCUUAACUAACAAUGCACCUAACCAUUACGUUAACACUACUUGUUAACAUCUAAAGCCAGAGAGUAGAGAGCAAGAAAACUAGAGGAAGGGGAGAGGAUGAGGCCCUCCUGACCAGGCUAGAGAGCAGCCUUUGAGAAGAGUUGGAAGAAAUCCAACUGUCUUGGGCUCGUAUUCCUUGUGACUUAUCUCUCUGUGUCUGAGGUCUGCCUGUAUACCACAUUCCCUGCCCCUCUAAGUCAGCCCCACUGACCUCCUGUCAAUGUCUGACCACUGCUCCUCACCCCUGGGUACAGUCAUGGAGAGUGCUUGCUAAAUUAUGCAGGUAGUCCUAUGGUGCCUAGUUGCUGGGCCAUUAAAAAACUAUUGGACCACGAUGUGCAGAUUUUUGUUUAAAUAUUGAAACUUACUCAUAACUACGGUUUUUGUUUUGAUAGCCAAAUGUCUCCUUUAUUCUCCAGACUGUGAAUAAAGUGAUUUUUAGAGGGCUGCCAGCAACAAAUAGUUCCAUCUUAGACUUGUAUAGCCCUAGCUUCGGUAGCUGCCUAUUUGAGAAAUGCAAAUCUGUACUCAUGACUUUGACAGCAAAAGGAAAGCCUUCCUAGCAGUGCAGUGGCAAGGGGAGCAAUCCACUGGUGAUUUUAACUUUUGCAAACAUUGUUGAGGUUUUCUGAUGAUACCAUUGGCUUUCUCUCUGAACAGUGAGGUUAUACUAGAAGUGGAGCUUCUGAACGUCAUAUCAUUAUCUCAUCAGCAUAAACAAAUCAGCCCCAAAGAGCACAAGUCUUAGAAAUCUAUUUCUGAGCAGCAGUAGUCCUGGUGUUUGUGUUACCUUCCUGGCCACAGGAGAUGGUCUCCUGCCAGAGAACCCUGCCCUGACAAAUGCUGGCUGAGCCCUUUCAACAGGGAUGUUAUUUUUUCCUGAUACCAGUUCAGUGUGUGGAUUUGAUUCUUACUAUUGUAGAAUUCUGGCAAAGAGGCAAAAUAGUCCGUCAGUCAUCCUGUGUGUUCACAUUAGAUUUUGAUAUUUCAGACUAUAAAUGGCUUAGAGGGAUGAUAUUAUCUGUGAUAACAGUGACUUUAUUGAAGCAACUGCAUUGAAAUCCACUAGGGUUUUCUCUCAUUCUCAAAUUCCAUUCCAAACAAGUAUUCUGUAAAUCCAAAUGGAUUACCAGUGUGCUAUAGGUUUUUUGUAGAACAUUUUUGUUUGGUCUACAUCAAAAAUAGUUUGCAUAAGUUAGUCCUGGUUACCAUCUAAAAUAUUUUUAAGUGUUCUUUACAUGAAAAUUUAUGUUGUAUUUUUAAACCUUUAGGAGCUUUAUCUAUUUUUCUAAGUCAGUUAAUUGUACUUUUAAAGAAAGUAUUUUGUAUCUACUUUUGUAACUUCAUCAGAAUAAAAUAUAUGAAAAGAAA